CCAAGCCCACCCCCCCAGUCGUGUCUGGGCCCGUCCGCAGAGCAAGGCCAGGGCAAUUGGUGCCUUUCACCUGCACGGCCAGAGGCUUCUUCCCCAAAGACAUCAAUGUGAAAUGGCUCAAGGACAGAGUCCCGAUUGCAGCUCAGCAGCCCCAGAUCACCCCUGAGCGGACAAAAUCCUCCUACAACAUGUCCAGCACCGUGGAGUUGAUACUGCGUGAGGAAAACGUCCGCUCACAGCUCUCCUGCGAGGUGCGGCACGCCACGCUGGCGGCCCCGCUGACGGGGACGUACCGGCUCAGCGAAGCCCUGCGAG